UCGAGCCUCGUCGCUCCUCACAUCUCCACCACCAUCGUUAAACGAGCGUUUAUUUUAUCGUUAUCGUUAAUUGUAUCUUAGAUCAUUCUAUUGUUCUGUGAAACAUGGUGGGCAAGAUUAUUCCGGCUUUUCUGUUCUGACUUUCUUGAAUUUCCUCUGCCGACCCCAGGAGCUGUCGAGAUCGAUCAGCCUGUCCAGUCCCUCCACUUUACAACAGUUGCAGAGGUUGGCAGCCAUGCAGUGAAGUGCCGACAUGGCCAACACUGCUCACCUGGUGCGGCGACAGAGCUCCAGAGAUCUUAACCCUCAGCGUUCUCUGGACCGGGUGGAGAUGAAGGAACUACGGGGCCGUCUAGUGCUGGAAAACGGUAGCAACAUGACCAAUAACUAUGGCGCAACAAACGCUGGCUUUGAUGAUUCCAGCCCUGGAGCCAAGCAAGCCAUGUUGAAAACAACAUCGGGCAUGGAGAGCAAGCUGGGGUCAAGCGAGGGGAAGCCGAUCUUCAAACCAGAACAGGGGGAAGAGGAACGUGAGUCGUGGGACAGCAAGUUGACUUUUCUGCUUGCCACAGUUGGCUACGCAGUGGGACUCGGCAACGUAUGGCGCUUUCCUUAUCUUGCCCAGAAGAAUGGAGGAGGGGCAUUCUUGAUCCCGUACUUUGUGAUGUUAUUCAUCGAGGGCAUUCCGAUCUUCUACCUGGAGUUGGCCAUCGGGCAGCGGCUACGUAAGGGGGCAAUCGGCGUGUGGAACCAAGUCUCACCAUACAUGGCUGGCAUCGGUAUCAGCAGUGCCGUCGUCUCUUUCAAUGUGGCUCUCUACUACAACACCAUCAUCGCUUGGUGCCUCUUCUACUUUGUCCAGAGUUUUCAGUCUGAGCUGCCUUGGUCUGAAUGUCCAAAUAAAUAUUUUGAGAAUGGAACUUAUCUUCCGGAACCGGAGUGUGUUGCGAGCACUCCGACACAGUACUUCUGGUAUCGCACGACGCUAAUGGUAUCAGAGGAUAUAGACCAUCCUCAAGUGUUCAACUGGAAGAUAGCCUUCGCACUUGUCAUCGCUUGGAUAUUGGUCUACAUGUGCAUGAUCAAGGGUAUCGCCUCCUCUGGCAAGGUUGUGUAUGUGACGGCAACAUUCCCUUAUAUAGUACUGAUAAUAUUUUUCUUCCGAGGAGUGACGUUACAUGGCAUGUUUGAUGGUCUUCGACAUUUGUUCACUCCAAAGUGGUACACCCUGACAGAUCCGGUGGUUUGGCUGGAAGCGGGGACACAAAUCUUCUUCUCGCUGGGACUUGCAUUUGGUGGACUGAUUGCGUUCUCAUCAUACAACCCUGUCAACAACAACUGUUACCGGGAUGCGAUCAUGGUUUCCAUGACUAACUGCUUCACCUCCAUGUUCGCUGGGAUCGUUGUAUUCUCCGUUAUCGGAUUCAAGGCAACAUUGAACUAUGAAAAGUGCCUGGAAGAGCGAAAUGCCACAAUAUAUGCUAUGUUCGGACAUGUUGAUGCGAGCCGGUUACCGCCCGAGGGUUCUGCAGUGACAGUGAUGAGUGACAGUCAGCUGGUUACUACCACUAUGCCACCCUUGCCGGUCUGCGACCUUGAGAAGGAGCUGGACAGUUCGGCAGCUGGAACUGGUCUCGCAUUCAUCAUAUUCACAGAAGCAAUCAACCAGUUUCCCGGAGCACAGUUCUGGUCUGUUCUGUUCUUCUUGAUGUUAUUCACGCUUGGGAUAGACUCACAGUUCGGCACACUCGAGGGUGUAGUCACUUCCAUUGUGGACAUGAAGCUGUUUCCUAAUCUCAGGAAAGAGAUACUUACAGGAUCGAUAUGCCUGAUUUGCUGUAUAAUUUCUAUGAGUUUCGCCCAUGGUGCCGGCAACUAUGUCUUCAUUCUGUUCGACAACUUCAGUGGCAACUUUCCCUUGUUAAUAAUUGCCUUCUUUGAGUGUAUAGCGGUGUCUUAUGUCUAUGGACUUAAAAGGUUUGCAGACGACAUUGAGCUGAUGACGGGCACUCGGCCUGGUCUCUACUGGCUGAUAUGCUGGAAGUAUCUCUCGCCUCUUGCCAUGCUGCUGAUCCUAGUGGCCAGCAUCACAGAGAUACUUGUCGAUGGCAGUGGAUAUCCGGCAUGGGUAGCCAGCAAAGGGAUAACGGAGACUAAAGAGUGGCCUCUCUGGGCGAUGUUGUUGAUCGGCUCCCUUGUGUUGGCGGCAGUGUUGUGGAUACCAGCCAUCGCUAUUUGUAGGGCAUUUGGAAUAGUAAUAAUAGAUGACAACGAGAAGGCUUGGUUUCCUGCUCAAGACCUCAAGGAGUUCCAUGGGAUUGUAGAUCACAGAGUGACGGCUGCAGAGACUCUGCUCUUCUGUAUCAGAGAGGAUGGGACCGAAGGGCUCUGCUGUCCCACAGGUCAGUGUGUCCUGCUGUCAUACACAGCACCAUAUAUUAAAAUCAACCAAUAAUCAGUAUUUAAAUUAGAUAGCCACAAGAAGUGCAUUGUGGGAUAAUGUUAAUGACAAUAUUUUAGAAUAGUAUAUUUCCUC